AUGUACCAUUUCUAAUUAACUUCAUUAAUUAUACUACUAAUCUCUUCUCACCUAUUCAACUAAUUCUUAAUUAAGUUCUAAUCAUCUAUACUAAUUAAUGAUGGCAGUUAAUACAAAAACAUGGGUUUUCAAACACUUGUUUGAUUUAGCAAUAGUUGUUGUGGUUUUGAUGAUAUAUCCUGCUGAAGGUUUAAGGGUGGGGUUUUAUGAGAAGUCAUGUCCUCUUGCUGAAGCCAUUACUAAGAAUGUUGUCAAACAAACAUUGGCUGUCUCACCUUCACUUUCGGGUCCCUUAUUAAGAAUGUUCUAUCAUGAUUGUUUUGUUAGGGGUUGUGAUGCAUCCGUACUUUUAAAUUCUCCUAUAAAACAAGCAGAGAAAGAUGCCCCACCAAACAAAAUCCUAAGAGGGUAUGAAGUUAUAGAAAAAGUUAAGAGUACAAUAGAAAUACAUUGCCCCGAAGUUGUUUCAUGUGCUGAUAUAAUAGCGUUAGUGUCCAGAGAUGUUGUGGUUGAGACUGGUGGUGCUUCAUGGCAAGUUGAAACCGGAAGAAGAGAUGGUGUUACUUCAUCGAUUAGUGAAGCUUUGGAUAAUUUGCCACCACCCUUUGCUAAUAUAAGCUCCUUAAAGUCUGCUUUUCAUCAAAGAGGACUUGAUAAUAAAGAUCUUGUUGUCUUAUCAGGUGCGCACACAAUAGGAAUAGCUCAGUGCUCUUCAUUCAUAAAAAGACUAUACAAUUUCACCGGAAAAGGCAACCAAUUUUCUGACCCAACCAUGGAUCCUGCUUACGUUGCUGCAAUGAGGAAAAAGUGUUUGGAAAACGGGCCGAAUAAUUUAGUAGAAAUGGAUCCGGGAAGCUCCAAGGUUUUUGAUGAACACUACUAUGAUCUUGUGUCUAAAAAUAGAGGAUUAUUUCAAUCAGAUGCUGCAUUACUUGAUGAUAUUCAAACUAAAACUUAUGUCCAAACUCAUAAAGGUGGUAAUUCAGAAAGCUUCUUUAAGGAUUUUGGAGUAUCCAUGGUUAAAAUGGGUAGAAUUGGUGUUCUUACGGGUCAUGCUGGUCAAAUUAGGAAAAUAUGUUCAAAGAUUAAUUGAAGUAAAGGUCAUUUGGACCAAAGGGUGUUUAUUCGGUCAUCCGGUCGAUUUCGAUCGAGUUAGAUGAUUUGGAUCAGAUCAAAAUUAGAUCGCAUGUCUAUGUUGGUUUUACAUAAUUAUUACUUUAUUUUAAUAUCGGGUCAAAUCGGUUUUGAUUAUAAGGUUGGAUGAGUAUCGAAUUACCGGGUUUAUUUUGAAUACCGCUUUUGGACUAUCCAAGCGGCCAUUUUAUUUUUUUUGUUUGAAACAAUAAUCUUUCAUUAUUUAAUUCAAAAAACAAAGUGUAUGUAUGAUGAUUAAAUAUGUAAUGCUUUAUCAUCUUUUUUUUUUGUUUGAUUUGUUCUUUAAGUAUUUGUUGAUAGAACUCAAAAAGGUUGUCCACUUUUGUUAUUUGUAUAUUGUAAUUAACUUCAUCAAUGUUACCAACGAAUAAUGAAA